AUGCAGACAUCAGUGGCGUAUUUGAUCUUCUGUACCAGCGCAGAGACUAUCAUCCUGGAGAAAGACUUCCACAGCGCAAGGAUCUUACGCUCAUCAACCUUUAUCAGUACCACUAAUCACGACGUAUCGUUAGAGUCUACAGCCAAUCCGCACGCCAACCAGAACCAGGCCGUCCAUACUCAGGGCCGGAAUCACAGCUUCCUCAAUGCCGGGGGGCUGGAUAUAAGUGUGACGAGAGGCUAUGGAGUCAAGCUGAAAUGGCAGGACGACGCCGCUAAUACAUUGGCAAAACCACCACGGAAGAGUCGGAAGAAGAAGGCUAUCGACGAUGACCAAGCACUCAGCCCAGCGUCGGCUAUCAGCUUCGAAUCCAUACAAUCGGUAGUUACGAGUCCAGAUGUACUGUUCUCAUCGCCUGACUCGGCGAAAAUGACGAUGGAUACUGAGCCAGCGCUGGCCACAGUCAUGAUGAUGCAGGUUUCGGCGCGAUUGUUUGGCGAUGAGGAUGAAGCCAACGUCGCGAACCAUCUCACUGGCGCCAAAGCCAUGAUAACAGGGCGCAGUGGGAGUAGCUGGCUUGUCACAUCUAGUGCUCGCUUCCUUCUAAGCCUGUUUGCAUACCACGAUAUUCUAUCUUCCGUGUCAAGAGGCUCGCAGCCAUUAUUGGAUCAUGAAAUGGACUUUGUCGCUAUCGAAGGGGAGAAAGAGCUAGAAAGUAUCGCAAAAGUCCUAGUGGUCGUUGCAAAGAUCAGUCAGCUGCAACACGCUAUCAAGACGAGGAGAGCGCUAUCACCAACAAGCCUUGCUUUGUCGGAAGAUGAAAAUACCACUGGCCAACAUAUCCAGCAGAUUCUAUUAGCCAUGGAAUUUGGUGCAUGUAAGAGGCGGAACAGCGAAGAGUGCAUAGACAUUAGCUCGACAGCUGAAGCUUAUCGCCACGCCGCCUUCAUUUACCUCUACCGAACCUGGCUUGAUAUAGGUGCUCCCAACCCGAUAAGCAUGGAGCAUAUCAAUCAGUGUCUAUCACAGCUACAGCAAGUCGACAUCCAUUCGCCUUUAACAUCAGCGCAUAUGUGGCCGCUGUUCACCGCGGGCUGCGAAGCGAUCGACAGCACACAACGACAAUUCGUCCGUGAUCGAUUUGAAAAGCUGUAUGCUGUAAAGCAUUUCCCCAGCUUGAAACGCGUCAUGCGCGAUAUCGAACAUGUUUGGGCAGCCAAGGAUAUGGAGCAGCAGAUGAAAGGCCAAGAUGGAAUGGCCAAGGUUGACUGCAUCCAAGUCAUCCUAAAAAGGAGGGGGCGGGAGGUCGAUCUUGCGUGA